UGUGUGUGUGUGUGUGUGUGUGUGUGUGUGUGUGUGUGUGCGCAGCCCUCCUACCCGCGCUGCUCCUGCUGGUAUCUGUCUCCAUAAGUGGAGUAGAGCAGGAUGAGGAACUCAGCCAGCCCAGCAUCACUCAGGCUGGUCCUCCUGCGGAGCUCGCUCCACACCUUAUGCGACUCUCCGAGGUAAACCCUCCUAACGUCGUACUUCUUUCGGGAUUCCAGCCUCCUCUGAGCUCGGUCUGAGUCCGUGAGCCUCGGUCGACCCCUGCACCGCCUCAGAACACCUCCGGUUCGGUCGGUCUCAGAAGGACAGCCUACCGGACAAUGCGCCAUCUUGGAAUUAAUGCCAACAGCUGAUCCCGUGAUUAGCUGGAGUUGUGUCAAACAUCAGAAAAAGCAUUUUACUUUGGUUUAAGUUUUUCUAGUUAAACUUCUCGCAAAACAGAAGGAGUGAGAAUUAAUAUGUGGAAGAGUUUAUGUGAACAUAAAGCAGCAAUAUUGAAAUGUCCAAUUAUUUCGAUGGAGGAAGUGCGCUGGUUUCUACCCGGAGCAUAUUAGGUGACGGACCGGUGUCCCACCUCGUAAACAUUCGCGGGAAACUUUUGAGUUUUAUCUGGUUUCACUGCUACUGUUAGUUUUUUUGGUGAUGACUGACAUCCUAACGUUGGUGUUCAGGACCUUUUCGUCACAGACGGGUCAAAACAAGGACCCCGGUGUUUGUCCUCCAGCAGCAGCAGCAGCCCCCCGAUGCAGCAGCCUGGUAGUGGGGCAGCAUCGCCUCAGCCGCUCCCUGCUGCUGCUGGCAGCCGUGACCGCAGCCUCGGAGCUCGGCAUCAGAGUGACUUUCUUCGCGCAGAGCCAGAUCCAGAGCCUCCCGGUGUGUCUGCAGCGAUGCAGCACGACCCUGAGCCCAGAUGGUCUAAAGAAAAUCACGUUUUCCUAUCCCCGGACGCUAGAGGAGCUACUCCAGCGGGUUGCCAGCCUCCAUGAAGCCCCUCUACCUCCCUCGCUCAUCAUCAUCGACAGACUGGACGGCUUCCUGCGGGACCCCGGCGCCGGCAGCCACGCUGGGUUCCACUCAGGAGAGCUGUCCCGCGCUGCUCAUCUCGCUGCUCUGCUCUGUGACACAGCUGCGUUUCUCACAGAAGUCCUCCAGCAGAGGGGGCCCAGCUCCGACCCCUGCCGCGUCAUCGCCUCCUUCCUCUCAGAUGUUGACGGCGGCCAGGAAAGCAAGGAUUCCUCAGCCACAGAUCCAGUUCUGGAUGUUCUUGAUCGCUAUUUCCAAGCACGCUGCACUCUGGAUCAGGACGAAAGCUAUGAAGCAGCAGCAGCUGCUGCGCAGGAGAUGUGGCACAUAUACCUGUCUGGAAGAAAAGUCUCAGAGGAGGGAGCUGCCUUAGCAGAGGAGUGGAAACUCCUCUGCUUUCCUGAUGGUCUAAUGAAGUUUAAGUCUGUUUAAAAGACUGGUAAAAAA